AUGUCAGCUGAUUAUUUUUGUAAAAUUUGCGAUAUUCCCUGUACUGGUAAAGCACCCUAUGAACAACAUUUAAAUAGUGUUAAACAUAUAAGAAAAGCAAAAUUGAAUGAAUCUCAAAAAUCUUCUGAUCAAUCAGUUAUAUCAACAAAUACGAGUCCAUCAAUUCCAGCAAUAAAUACUCGUCCAUCAUUUACAACAAAAAAUGAUAAUAUUUCUGAAGAUUUAUCUUUUGCAUCAACAUCAUUUAUAAUAAGUCGUGAAACAAUGCGUAUUUUACUUGAAUGGACUCAUCCACGUGGUUAUAAACCUUAUUGUGAAAUAUGUCAAUUAUUAUUACAUGGUGAAAAUAAUGUAGAUUUACAUUUUCAAUCAAAUAAUAAUAUACAUAAUCAAAAGUUAUCUGUAUGGAAACAAAUUUGUGAAAAUGAUGCAAAAUAUUCAUGUAAAGUAUGUUUAGAAAUAUUUGCAAAUGAAUAUUUAAUGAUUGAACAUUUUGAAUCUGAUUAUCAUGCAAAUUUAGUUCAACAAAAAAUUAAUUUAGAAAAAUUUAUGAAAAUUUAUGAAGCAUAUAAUAAACUUAAACAAGUUCGAAAACAAACAAAAAGUUUAGAAAAUCAAUUUCAACAGUUAAAAAUUAUUGAUGGUACUCAACCGAUAUCAAAAUCAUCAACAAAUCUUCCUAUCAAUAUGGUUAUGCUUCAAAAUGCAAUGAAGAAUAUAGUUGAGGAUGAAUAUUGUUAA